AUGACGAAUAAAUAUUACUUAUUAAGUCUUAUUCUUUUGCUCUUCGUGUGCUUUGCACAUAAUGAAGAUUCGUCUUCAGCAGCUACUGAUAGUACUGCACAGGUUGAAGUAAUAAUUGACAGUACAACAGCAUUAAAAUUAACUACUUACGAAGUAUCAACAUCCAAAUCAAAUAGUAAUGAUAUGAAAACAUUAGCAUUAACUGCUAGUGAUUUAACUACGGCAUCGGCAUCAUCUCAUUCUACAACGAAUUUAGGAUCAUCAGUCAAUAAUCAAUCUGGAAGUUCUACUAUAGUUUCUGUACUAACGACAGAUUCAAAUAUUGUCAAUUCAUUCGCAUCGAAUUCAAGUACAACUUAUUCCCCAGCAAUUAGUGAUUUAUCAAGCAUAAGUUCAAUAACAUCACAUACAUCAAAUAUUCCUACUAGCAUUAUUUCGACAGUACCUACUACGGUCAUAGGAACAAACAUUAAUGAAACUUAUAUUUAUACUUUCGAAAGUGAAUAUGCAAUAAAAAUAGGAAUUAUUAACAAUUCCAAUACGACAGCUAGUGUGCAACGAAUGGUUAAUGCUUCAUUUAACUUAACUGAUUUCAAAAUCACAGUAACAAAAAUUGAAAUUACACUAAAGGCGAAAAGUACUAAACAACAAUACAAUAUGCUUGUUGAUAUUUGGUUUCGAAGUAGUCGUAUUAAUUGCAAUCUAGCUUGUAUAGACAAGGCAACGUUAAUACCAACGAUCGAUGUUUCACUAUCAAGUGAAAAUGAUACUUUAGUGUCCGUAAAUUUUACAUCUAAACCCGAGAGAGUCAUUAGUUCUUUCACAUCGAAUCCAAGUAUCACUUAUUCAUCAGCAACUAGUGAUUUAUCAAGCAUAAGUUCAACAGCACUAUAUACAUCAAAUAUAUCGACUGGCACUACUUCGACAGUACCUACUACUACUGCCAUAGGGACAAACAUUAGUGAAACUUAUGUUUAUACUUUUCAAAGUGAAUAUGCAAUAAAAAUAGGAAUUAUUAACGAUUUCAAUACUACAGCUAGUGUGGAACGAAUGGUUAAUGCUUCAUUUAACUUAAAUGAUUUCAAAAUCACAGUAACAAAAAUUGAAAUUACACCAAAGGCGAAAAUUGUUAAACGGGAUUACAAUAUGCUUGUUGAUAUUUGGUUUCGAAGUAGUCGUAUUAAUUGCAAUCUAGCUUGUAUAGACAAGGCAACGUUAACACCAACGGUCAGUGGACCUUCACCAGGUAUUCCAGGACAAUUAGGUAUGGGUUUAGGUAUAUCAUUGUUCGGUGUUCUACUUAUAGUAGAAAUAAUCGUACUUUAUCUAAUAUAUCGUUAA